UACAUGAGAACAGUGCCCACACACAUACACACACACACAGCUCAAAGGAUUUAUUACCUUGGACAACUUGGAGGCAACACUCAAAUAUCAGAAGAGGCCAGAGCACUUUGACAAGAAGCAAGAGCAGAGCACAGAGAACUGUGAACAGAGAAGCUUCUGAAUUCUUGAGCCAUUGGACUGCAUCAAGAUGAUGAAAAAAGCCAAGGUUUUAGAUCCAACUGCUCCCGGGCAAGGUGGACUGGAAAUUCUACCUCUCAAGAGACAAGGCAUCAAACGGAGAUCUAAGGUUCCCGGUGUUAUGAUUACACAGUACAUUGAGAAACUUCCUGAGGGGAUGACAACUCCAGACUUUACACGUAAACCCAUCGCUUUAACCAUUCAAGAAGGAAAACUAGCCAUUUUUAAAGCCAAAGUGUCUGGAAACCCAACACCUACUGUAUCCUGGCGUAGAGCAAAAGGAGAAAUGAAUGAUCCCCAAAAGUUUCAGAACAAAUAUGACCCAACGACUAAUGAACACACUUUGGAGAUACCUCAAGUGAGCUGUGAUGAAGCCGACACUUACAAAUGCUAUGCCACAAAUGAAUAUGGAAAAGCUGUUUGCCCUGUUAUCCUAAAUGUAAUUGAGGUUGGAUUCAAAAAGAACAAAGAAUUGCAAAAGGCUGAAGCAGCUCCAGCAGCUGACCCAACAGAGUUUAGAAAGAUGCUCAGGAAAGGUGCUGGCAAAAAAGUUGAGGAGAAAAAGGAAGGUGACAUUGACGACUCUGUAUGGGAAUUGCUGCUGAGUGCUGAGAAGAAAGACUAUGAACGCAUUUGCAUUGAAUAUGGCAUCACUGAUUUCCGUGGCAUGCUGAAGAAACUGGCCGAGAUGAAGAAGGAAAGAGAAGAGGAGCAGACACGGUUCAUCCAAUAUCUCAGUAAUCUCAAGCCCAUUGAGGUGAAAUCUGAGGAUGCUGCAUCUUUUGAACUGGAAAUGGUGCUCAAAGACCCCAACAGCCGCAUUUUUCUGUAUAAGGACGGCAUCAUGAUUCCAUUCAGCAAAGACGUUGAAGGCGAAAUGAAGCACGGUCUAAACAAAGUUGGCAAGAAGUACAUCUUCACUGUAAACAGUCUCAAUCCAGAAGAUGCCGGAAUCUAUCAAGUGGAUGUUGAGGGUGUCAAUAUCUUUUCAACGGAUUUCAAGAUUCCCCCUGUGGAGUUUGCCCUGAAGAUUAAGGAGGUGACAGCCCAAGAGAGAGAGGAUGCCAUCUUUGAGUGUGUUUUAACUCAGCCUGUUAGUAAGAUUACUUGGACCCUAAAAAAUACACCUCUCUCUAACAAUGAAAAAUAUGAGAUUACUUGUUCUGAAGAUAAACUGAUCCACCGUCUGAGAAUUAUUGAUUGUAUGCCUUUGGAUGCUGGAAUAUAUGCUGCUAUAGCUGGCAUUAAGUCUAGCAGUGCUUGGCUGAUUGUAGAAGCUGACAAAGACCCUGCAACAAAGGGAAAGAAGAAAGCCCGUAAAACCACUCAUGCAGGUGGUGGUGGUGAAGACUUGCUGAAGAUAGCUGCUGAGCAGGCAGAGAGGAAUAAGAAGGAGAUAGCAGAAGCUUUGGAGGCUGCUAAGAAACUCCGGGCUGAAAGAGAGGCAGUAGAAGCUGAAGAUAAAGCCAGAGCUGCGGCUGAAGCCGAAGCGGCAAAAGCGGCAGCACAAGCGGCAGCACAAGCGGCAGCAGCUGCUGCAGCCACGGCUGCUGCUAAAGCUGCACAGGAUGCACUUGCCGCAGCUAAAGCCAAAGGUAAAUCUGAGGCUGAAGCUAAAGCGGCAGCAGAAGCAGCUGCCCGGGCUGCAGCAGCUAAAGUCAAGGCCAGUGCUGAGGAGGAGGCCAGGAAGCAGGCUGAACUCAAGGCCUUAAGUGAAGGUCUAAGUGCUGAGCAAUCUGCUGCGGCAGGGGCUGCGGCAGCUGCUGCGAUGAAUGCACAGGCAGCUGCUGCAGCAGCAAGUCUUCAGAAGGCUGGAGCUGCAAGUGGAGUUGGAGGUGAUGCUGCAGCGGUGGUAGGAGCAGUAUGGGCUGCAGGAGCUACUGGACAAGCUGGAGGAGCUGGAGGAGCCGGAGGUGCCGGUGGAGCCGGUGGAGCUGGUGGAGCUGGAGGAGCUGGAGGAGCUGGAGGAGCCGGUGGAGCUGGAGGAGCUGAUGGAGCCGGAGGUGCCGGUGGAGCUGGAGGAGCUGAUGGAGCCGGAGGUGCCGGUGGAGCUGGAGGUGCUGGUGGAGCUGGAGGAUCUGGUGGAGCUGGAGGAGCUGAUGGAGCUGGAGGAGCCGGUGGGACUGGAGGAGCUGAUGGAGCUGGAGGAGCCGGUGGGACUGGAGGAGCUGAUGGAGCUGGAGGUGCUGGAGGAGCUGGAGCUGCUGGUGGGGCCGGAGGAGCUGAUGGUUCUGGAGGAAGCGGUGGGGAGGGAGGAGAUGGAGGAGAUGGAGGAGACAAGAAGCGUCAAAGAGCAGGACCUCUUGUACCAGAGACUGUCGUAGGUGGAGGUAACCCAUCAGAUAAAGAAAAACCAGCAGGGUCUGGCAAACCAUCAAGUUCCGGUAAUCCAUCAGGUUCCGGUAAUCCGUCAGGUUCCGGUAACCCAUCAGGUUCAGGAAACCCAUCAGGUUCUGACAACCCUUCAGGUUCCGGUAACCCAUCUGGGUCCGGUAGCGCUUCAGGUUCUGGGGACCCACCAGGCCCAGGGAAGCCACCAGGUCCCAGAGGCCCAUCAGAGGGCGGCACUGAAGGUACAGAGGAAGAAAAAGGAGCUGAAGAUGAAAAGGACGAGUCAGCUAAAUCUAGCAAGCGUUCAGGCCGUAAAAAACAAGACCCACAGGUUCCGGAGACAGUUGUUGAUCCUGGUGUUCACUUUUCUGCUGGGCUGGAAGACUGCAAAACUAUUGUGGGAGAGGCAGCUGAACUGGUCUGCAAACUUAGCAGUGCUGACUGUAAAGGUGUCUGGUCCAAAGAUGGCAAUGAGAUUACAGCCUCCACUGAGGGUAUGACUAUCAGUAAAGAGGGAGUGGUUCACAAACUGAAAAUUGCUAAAGUAUCAGAAGAAUUUGCUGGAAAAUAUCGAUUUGAGGCUGAUGGGCGUAAAACCGAAUGUGUGAUUGCUGUUGAAGAUCCACCAAGAUUCAAUCCCAAGGAAAUUGAAGCAUUUGCAAAACCGAUUGUGGUCAAACACAAUAAUAAAGCUACCUUCAAAAUUCCAUUUAUUGGCCGUGAGCCAUUCAAAGUCCAGUGGUACAAAGAUGGUGAAGAGCUCAUGCCAGACUCUCACUGCAGGAUUGAGACUUCAGAGGCUGAAAGCCGCCUGCUUCUCACCAAAUUACAGCGUAAAGACACUGGGGAAAUAAAAAUCAAAGUCAAAAAUGAGUUUGGCACAACUGAAGCCAUUUCUAAUCUAGUUGUACUUGAUAAACCUACCCCCCCACUUGGACCACUGGAAAUUGUCGAAGCAUCUGCCAACUGCAUUGAGAUUAAGUGGAGACCACCAAAAGACAAUGGUGGUUGUCCUAUUAAACAUUACACACUUGAGCGUAACCAAAUUGGACGCAACACAUGGAAAAAGAUAGGCCAGAUCCCAGGUGAAGCCCACUACAGAGACAGUGAUGUUGACCAUGGCAGAAGAUACUGUUACCGUAUCAGAGCUGAGACUGAUGAGGGCAUCAGUGAAGUGAUGGAGACUGAGGAUGUGCAAGCUGGCACUAAAGCAUAUCCUGGUCAGCCAUCUGCUCCAAAAGUAGUCAGUGCCUUUAAAAACUGCAUUACCCUGGCAUGGACUCCUCCGACCAACACUGGAGGAACCAGUAUUUUGGGUUAUAACUUAGAGAAACGCAAGAAGGGCAGCAACUUGUGGGGCCUAGUCAAUCCACCAGAUGAGCCAAUCCAAGCAAAGAAAUAUCCUGUAAAAGAUGUAGUUGAAGGAAUGGAGUACGAGUUUCGUGUGUCUGCCAUCAACAUAUCUGGAGCUGGUGAACCAAGUAUCCCCUCAGAAUUUGUGUUUGCGAGAGAUCCCAAAAAACCCCCUGGUAAGAUCAUUGACCUUAAAGUGACAGACUCCACCUACAAUACCUUGUCCUUGUCUUGGACUAAACCAAAAGAAGAGCCUGGUGUUCAGGAUGAGGCGAAGGGAUACUUUGUUGAUGUCAGGCCUGCUGAGAACACAGAAUGGGAUCGAUGCAACACAAAUGCCAUCAUCAUGACCUCCUACACUGUAAAGGGACUGAAACCAAUGGCCAUGUAUUGGGUUAGAGUGAUCGCCAUCAAUGAAGGUGGAGAGGGUGAGCCACAAGAGCUGGACAACUACAUCUUGGCUAUGCCUCCUCCAGUGAGACCGAGAUUCACAGAUUCUAAGAUCAAGAGCUUCAUGGUGGUCAGAGCUGGAAAUUCUGCACGAUUCAACAUCAACUUUGAGGCUUCCCCGCGUCCUGAUGUCAUCUGGCUCAAAGAUGGUACCCCUGUGUCCAAACGUGCCACUAUAAGCAAUGCUGAGGGAGGCUCUCAGAUCCUGAUCCCAUCUGCAGAUCGCUCUGAUUCAGGAAUCUAUACCAUCAUAGUCAAAAACGUUGUGGGACAAGAGACCCUCAGUAUUGAGAUUAGAGUUACAGAUGAGCCAAAGCCCCCAGGCCCCAUCGAGUUGGAUGAAAACGUUGUGGGCACAGUGACAGUUUCCUGGGAACCAUCCCCAGACGAGAAACGCGAUGAUCGCCUGCAUUACAUGGUGACCAAGAGAGACUCCAGCAAAAGGACCUGGCACACUGUAGCAGACCGUAUCUUCAACAACCGUUUCACAGCCUGUAACAUCAUGCCAGGAAGAGAAUACCAGUUCCGUGUGUACUCCAAAAAUGACAUUGGCCUGUCUGCCCCUUCGGACUCACCAAAAUGGCUUAUUACAUGCAAGAAAGAAAAAUUCACACUGAACAUCCCAGAGUCGAAGACCUGCAACUUGGAUAGUCCCCCGAGGUUUAUGGUACCCCUGAAAAUCCACACAGCCCCACAAGGCUACGAGUGCUACAUGAGCUGUGCCGUGCGGGGCAACCCCACACCCCACGUCACCUGGUACCACAACAAUGUCAGCCUCAACACUGACACCAACUACUACAUCACUAACACCUGUGGAGUGUGCUCCAUUCUCAUUCUCAGGGUUGGAGCCAAAGACAUGGGAGAAUAUAAAGUCAUGGCUGAGAGCCCGCUGGGAAGAGCAGAGUGCACCACCAAUCUCACAGUGAGAGAAUAAAACCUUGACAUGGGGAGGAUGUCAAAUCGUUGUUUUUUUGGAUUUCAGGCCCUUUGUAGAGCUACAGCAAUGAGUAUUUUUGCAAAAAGAUGGCUAAUGAAAAUGCUACACAGUAUGGCCUUAUGAGACAAAAAUGGUAGAAUCAAAUGCAUGUGAAAAACUACAUAUCGUCUUACUUUGUUUAAUAGCACAAAAACCUGAAAACAUAAAGAAAGAAAAAAACUGAAUUGUGCCGCUUGGGUGGCUGAUGCUUAAUACGCCAUGCUUACCUAAUCCUGUUUGGCAAUGAUUUUAGUUCAGCUUAGUUCAGGUUUGGGGGGUUAUUGUUCUUGUAUGCUAUUUAUUAAACUAUUUAUUCUUGGCUUCUGUGUACGUACACUGCUAUUUCACACUUUCACAAAUUCAAUUACACUACAGUAUGGUUAAAAAAGUGUAAAGUGCUGAUUUCUUGCAUCCAUUUUUCCUUUUUGCUUGUCUGGAAACGCUAAAAUCUGCUUCUUCAGAUAUGCUUUAUCAGCAAAAAUGGUUUGGUGUAAAUAAAUAAAAUAUUCAGGUUCUUUGAACAGUG